AUGAGGGUGCCGGCGCGUGGAAGUAUCUGGCAGGGUGCUUUCUCGUCGAGGCCAUCCUUUGGGCAACAAACAGGCUUCCCCCUCGCAUUCGGCGUCUUCCAGGAGCACUACGCGCGGCAGCCCGAGUUCGCCGGCGACGGCAACAUCGCCGCCAUCGGCACCGUCGCGACGAGCAUGUACUUCCUCGGCGCGCCCAUCGCCGCGCCCCUCGUGCGCCGCUUCCAGUGGUGGCAGCAGUACAUGCUCGCCACGGGCUGGGCCCUGUGCGCGGCCUCGCUGCUCAUCGCCUCGGCGGUCAACUCGGUGGCCGGGCUGGUCGCCACGCAGGGCGUCCUCUACGGGCUGGGCUUCCUCAUCCUGUACUUCCCCGUGCUGGGCAUGCUCAACGAGUGGUUCGUGCACCGGCGCGGGCUUGCGUACGGCGUGCUCUACGCGGGCGGGGGCGUCGCCGGCGCGGGCCUGCCCUUCCUGCUCGAGUGGCUGCUCUCCGGGUACGGCCACCGCGUGACGCUGCGCGUCAUGGCCAUUGCGCAGUUUGCGGGCCUCGUCCCCGGCCUGAUGCUGCUGCGCCCGCGUCUGCCCCCCUCGGGCACCGCGGCCCUGCGCGCCGUCGACGUGGCGUUCCUGCGGCGGCCGCUGUUCUGGGCCUUUGCCGCGUCCAACUUUUGCCAGGGGCUGGGCUACUUCAUCCCGUCGCUGUACCUGCCUACGUUUGCGACGACGGGCAUGGGCCUGUCCGGCUCGGUGGGCGCGCUGAUCCUCGCGGUGAAUAACCUGGCGUGCGUCGUCGGGCAGGUCGCCUUUGGGCACCUGACGGACCGGAAGGCCAACAUCCACGUGCUCGUGUCGGCGACGACGUUUGUGGCGGGCGUCGCGACGCUGACGCUGUGGGGGCUGGCGGGCUCGCUGGCGACGCUGCUGGCGUUUAGUGCCGUGUAUGGGGCGUUUGCGGGCGCAUAUAUCGUGUUUUGGCCCAAGUUUGGGUCGCUGCUGAGCGAGGAUCCGCAGACGGUGUAUAGCCUGAUGGCGUUUGGGAAGGGCAUCGGCAACGUCGUGACGGGUCCCAUAUCGGCGGGCCUGGUGCGCGGGCAGGUGACGGCGGGCGGGUACGGAUUAGGUCGAUUCGGGGGGCUGGUGGUGUUUGUGGGGAGCCUGAUGCUGCUGUCGAGCCUCGAGGGGGUGUGGCUGCCCGCGCGGCACUUGAUGAUGCGCAGGGGGCUGCGGUUUGGCUGA